CCGCUGAUCCUGACUGUCCCGUGAUUUAAAACUUGACUGGAAUUUGUAUGUGGCGCAUUCCCAGACAUUCUGCAAGCGCAACGUCGUUAGCUACUUCUCUGUGACUGGGUCCAGAUAACGAUCCUUUCAAGACUGACUUCAUUGGAUCCUCUGAAGAGGACGCCACCAGGCUUUCCUGACCCUACUACAUCACUGUAGAGAGCCAUCGGGCAGGAGUGCCAGCAUCAACAGGAGACUCACUGGCUCCGUCAACGUCUGUUUCACCAAGCAUAAUCAUCUUACCAGCAGAGCAGAGUACCUUCGUGUGGUGUGAUACCAUCACCAGCUGAUACUGCGGCGGAACAGUUCAGACUAGAGGUCUGGCUUUCCUUAAGACGCUGGAAUUUGAAGGAGCUAUUCUGUGAACUGUGCUGCUAGUAAGUGACUGAUAGAAUUCUAGACUGGACUGGUCUCUGAGUACAGAGAAAACUAGACCACAAGAUCUUGAAGAACUGCAUUGAGGUGCAAGCCAGAUUUGACACUCAAGUGUUGUUGAACUGAGAAGUUGCUAAAGGAACUGUAACAGGACUGAUUGUCGCUUACUGCCUUUCUCUCUCUGUCCUUGUUGCCUUUUGCUGUUACAUUGCUUGUGUUGUCUUUCUAAGCCCAGAUGUUCUCCGAUAAUUCACACUGCCCUGAUUGUGGGCAACAGUGGUUCCCUAGUUUAGAACUAGGGCAUUGGUUAUACCAAACUGAACUUGUUGAAAAUGAAUGUUACCAAGUGUUCUUAGACCGUAUUAACAGAGCUGACUAUUGCCCUGAAUGUUAUCCCGACAAUCCUGCUAAUAGAAGCCUUGUUCUGCCUUGGUCUUUCCCACUUGAGUGGGCACCUCAAAAUCUCACUAGGUGGACCUUUGAGAAAGCUUGCCAUCCAUUUCUUCUGGGUCCUCCACUGGUUAGAAAAAAGAUACAUGACUCCAGAGUAGCUGGUUUUAAUCCUGCAUUACAAUUAAUCUUGUCCAGAACAGACAAAACCUUAAACAAAACACUUGACCAAAGCAAAUGACUUCUGUAACAGAAUCAUGCAGACUCUCCAGGCUUUGUGUUCAUAACCUAGGGGAGAUGAAUAGUUACCUGUUUCUGUAUUCUGUCUCUUUUUCUUUAUUUCAUAAUUUUUUUAAGGUGCUGGGGAUUGAAUCUGGGUGCCCUCGUGCAUGCUAGGCUAGUACUCUUCCCCUGAGUUUAACCUGAGGCCCCCUUUCUGAAUCUGACUCAGACUGUCACUACUUUGUCAACUGCUUAACUUGUUGGGUCUGCUUCUGUGAUCUAUG